CGCAUGGCUACGAAGCUCACAAAGUAGCACAACCUGUAAUAAUUUUGUUAUUUUCAUUUGUCUGGGUCGCAUCUACUGCACGAGGAGUACAUACAGUGUGCUGGGUAUUCCCCGAAAGCAAGGCAAGUGAUGAUUGUUGGACAGAUAACCGAGAGUAGACUUUACGCCGCAACCGGAACAGAUUUCGCUCGUAUUACAAUAUUCGUGAAGCAAAUCUUUUUUUUUUUUACUAUUUAUCUUCAUUCAAAUUAGUAAUCUGCUGAAUUAAAACCUGUUUUAAGGCAGGUCAGAUGGAAUAUUUCUUAAAAAUGUAAAUAUCAAUAAACUAUUGUAAUCACACGGUAACUACAACGUAUUGCUUCACUGGUCGGUUGAACCGAAUGAGCUAGGGAAGGCCUUAUAAAACGAUUACGAACGACCUCAUACAGCAGAACAGCGAUGCUAAGUAUAACUGGAUUUACCGGAGAGAAGCGACUCAGUUGUAGUUAUAAUCCGGUCGGGAAAGCAUCGUCUCCAUAAUUGAGAAACAUGGUGUCGUUCAGUCGUAAACUAUUUACAAUUCUAUUGACACUGCUUUACACCAUAAAAUCCAUAGAAAAUGUCUGCAGUAGGGGAUAUGCAUUUUAUUAUCCCAAACCAAACUUUAACUAUUUCAAUCCGAAUGGACUAACAGUAUGGUAUUGGAAGCUACCGGAAGUGAAAAGAUUUGAAAUCAAAAUCUACAUAAAUAGACAAUAUGGCAUUAUCAACACGCCAUACGACAUAUAUCUGAGCACCUCGACUAUUUCUUACGGAAAGUUUGUCGCAAAUGAUGACAAGGCUUUCAUUAGAAUUGGCGAUCACCUUCAGUAUGACAUAAUGCUUCAUUAUGGUGAAAACAAUUGUUUAGUAAUAAGCAAUUGUUACAUUGUGAUAGAAAAUCCAACUUUUCGCGUAAACAGUGUCUCCUCAAAUUGUACUAAUGCUGUCAAGGAAACAGAACCUGACAAACUGAAUGAAGAUGUCAAACUAUUAGAGGGCAUCAUAAAUGACCUGCACAGCAACUGCAGUAACGCCACGACAGUAAGCAACUACCUGUUCCUGAACUUCCGUCCAGCAUCCGCGAAUCUCGACUCUCAACAAUUGAAAAUAUACACACUGAAAGAGCUUCAGAAGAAACUGCCGAAGAUGGACUGGAAAACUGUGCUGGUGAGGGCCUUCUAUUACAACGACGGAGUUGGAUUUGAAGUAAAGUCUCUGCUGGACAAGUUGAAGGCUUUGCAGAUGUUUAAGGACCUGGCCCGGUACACAGUGACCGAUUUGGAUCAACAGAGUGGAAUUGAAGAUGAUAAUGACGAAAGCAGUCCUAUAAUAUUUCAUGGGAAUGCAGCUGUUGGGAAGCCGAAAUAUAAAUCGUUAAUGGGUCAAGGACUUUGAAAUAUCAUGUUUUUUU